AUGUAAUCAGUUCAGAAGAAUAGAAUCACAAAAGAAAUAUAGGAUUUCGACUAGAGAUAAAAGAAAAGUGAAGAUAAUGGGAUUUCUAUCUUGGUUGUUGACAACAACAUCACACAUUGGAAGGGAUUCAUCAAUGGAUCACCAGAUACUCCCUAUGAAGGUGGCUAUUUCUAAAUUGAUAUCGUAUUAACUGCUGAUUAUCCUUACAAACCACCCAAAAUGAAGUUUGAUACACGCAUCUGGCAUCCCAAUAUCUCAUCAUAAACUGGUGCUAUCUGUCUUGAUAUUUUGAAGGAUGAAUGGUCACCUGCCUUAUCAAUUCGCACAGCCUUAUUGUCAUUACAAGCCUUAUUAUGUGAUCCAUAGCCAGAUUCUCCAUAGGAUGCUGUCGUAGCCAAUCAAUACAAGACGAAUAGAGAGUUAUUUACAAAAACAGCAAAAGAAUGGACAUUAAAUUAUGCAUCAAAAAAUAAACAAGAUGAAAAAAUUGCCAAUCUCGUUGCACUAGGUUUAGAAGAAUAAAAAGUCAAAGAAGCAUUACUAAGAUUCGGAUAUGAUGAAGAACAAGCAGCCAAUUUCUUAUUAGGUGGAUGAAUAAUAAUUAUUAAAUUAUAGUAUUGUAUUGCAUUACAUUUGUAUUAA